UCAAAUGGCAUUAUUUGUAGGCGCAAUGCAAAGUUUUGCAGAUUGUGUUAAAAUAAUGAAUAUCUAUGUUUUUAAAUGAACGUUAUGGAUUUAUAAUUGAAAAAUGGUUCGCUACACUUUAACGACGAUGUUUAUUAAAUGCCUGUGGCUGGUCAAUUUAUGUACCACCAAUAUUCACGCCACGACUCACUGGAUGGUCACUGAGACUGGUUUAAUUCAACCCCGGGAGGACUCCCCGUUUGUUAUGUCUCACCCCUAUGAUUUGAUUUCUUUUCUAAAUCAAGAUACUCGCUGGAUCAAUAUACAUAACUUAUAUCAUGACCUUUGGAGAAGGCAGCAGGUUAUAAAUAAAAUGUGGAAGGAUGUCGAGAAAAAUGCUGAUUACAACAUUCUAUUGUCAAAGGAUAAAAAUUGUGUGAAGAUUUCUCCAUUACGUUCCUUGGAUUGGGACAUUGCACCGGUUGAUGUGGGAAAGAAUUUGGAGAAGAGUAUUCCUGAGGAGGAUCUUUUAUUGUACUCGCCAUCUUAUGGACAUGAUACAGAGGUACCGGACUGUAAAAAAAUAUCCUCUUUGACAUUCAGCAUGUUUGCAUUUGAGCAUUUAAAGUCUAUGAUGAACAGGGUCAACCUGACAGGCAGUCCUGAGUAUGCAGUACCUACACGCAUAGCUACUAUUAUGACUACAGAUCAGUUUGGCCAUUGGGUGACAAAUAGUUUGCGGAAAAAUACAACUUCUUGGCUGCAUUACAAUUUAGCGUCAUUGUAUUGGAAAACUAGAGGAGAUGUUCCCAGAUCUGUUGAAUGUAGCCGCAGAGCCGUGCUUUAUGCCCCAAGAUACUACAAAGACGUAGCACUUCUCAAUCUCGGAGUGAUGCUACACAAAUCACAAAAUGUGGAAGACGCGAUAACAGUGCUCGGUGCCGCUGUAGACCACGACCCAAAAAUAAUAAGAAAUCAUUAUGCACUUGCUAAUGCUUAUGCAGUAGAAGGGGACUUCAACAGCGCCAUCAAACAUUAUGAUAUAUGUCUGAAGUUGAAUCCUAAGUUUAAAAAUGCAGAUACACAUAGAAAUGGUGUGCUGUGUCACAAAAUGUUAAUUAAAAAAAUGCUUGCGUUGAAACAACAGCUGUAUGAGCUACAAGAGAAUCUGGUGGAAUUCAGCAACAGGGAAGCCAUCUGGCUGAACUCGCAAACGGCUUUCUUGAAGACCAUGAAACAUGAUCAGGAUAUAGAUUUCUACAAAAACGUCGAAACCAACUGCGCAAAGAUGGAAGAGAUAACGGGCCUACAAAUAAAAGAACUGAAGAAACUCGGGAACAAAAACCAUUUAAUCAAAUAUUUCUUCGACCGCCUUUCGGUGAACCCUAAAUGGCAAAUUGAGAGAGGCGUGCACGCAAUAGACUGGGUUUUUAACAUCCAAAAGUUGAUGUUUCAUCUCCAAAUGCAGACAGAACUGCAAUCAGAUUAUGUUUACGUUGAUAAUUCGACUGUUCCGAAAAAUGUUGGGAUUUUGAAGGAAAUCGGACCUUUGCCAUUGUUUCCUGAUAUUUUCCCGGAAGUCAAAGGUAAAUUCCUCUUCGACGACAGCGAUGAGAAGCCUGCGACGCCGACGCCGCCGCCGCGGGUCGAAAAGAAAUCUACUCAGUCUGCAUCCAAACAUUUAUCUGAGUUUGAAACCGGCAUUGUUUUGUACCCGUCCACAAUGAAAGUCAGCCGUAACACAGAGGAUUUCGACCGCGAAUCCGAUUGGCCCUCGACGCGGCUGUGCGAGGAGUCAGCCUCCACGGUUCCUGACAACUUGGAGGCCAUAUUCCCCGUGUUCUUGCCUUUUGAGAAUAAGGGUAUCCAGUUAAAAUCAUUGCUGACACACAAGAUAGGCGUGCCUGCCGAUGUGGAGCACGAUGUACCGUGGCACCCCCCGACAUGCGCACUGGAUAAAACUGCGGCGUUCUCCAAAAAAUCGCAAAAGCAACAAAUUACCAUAGAGGUGCAGCCCCCGGCGUACCUGCGACGGAAGUUAUUACACUACGCCGGAGACGGUGACCCGGAAGUCGCCCGUCACAUGCAGGAAGCGGAGAUUGGACAGAGAAUAUACGCUGUCAUGCAAAAGAAAUUAGCUCCAAAAUGGAUAGUGUACACUCUCGCGUCUCUCUAUUGGCGCGUGCGCGGCAACAAUAUUAACGCGUUAAAUUGUUUGUUGCCCGCGAGCAAAAUUGUGGAAAAUAAGUAUAAAGAUGUAGUGUUGUUGUCUUUGUCUUCUGUCUAUUUGGAGAUGGGGUACUUUGAUGAGGCGCUGGCCGCUGCCGAGGCCGCAUUUCGCAUUGGUUUAUAUGAGCCAGCGACGAACUUCCAGCUGUCGCAGCUGAACAUGGUGAAGAAGCACCGCAACACGCACGUGUUCCACCUGAAGCAGACGCUGCGCGCGGAGCCGCAGUUCAUGAGCGGCGUGCCGCGCGCGCUGCUGCUGGGCUGGGCGUGCUUGCUCAAGCGACUCAACUCGGUUCAGGAUUUAGAUUUCGGCGAAGGUGAUUACUGUACGCAAGUAGAGCCGGGUAUGAGUAUGGUGUGCGAAAAGGACGGCUCCAACUGUCACGUCACCAACAUACAGUGCUUCAGUAACAAAGAGAAAGACAAAGAGACCAGCACAAUAGUCCGCAUGCUAGAAAAGAGACACAAAUACGGUCAUCGGUCGUCAGCGGAUGUCAUGAACGACGCCAUCUUUAACGAUUUCAUACAGAAUAUGCCGGUUGACCGCGCAGAUGUCGCGGCGCACGAGAAGAACUUCCGGUCGCUGCUCAAGGUCAUCCACCCCAAGAUGGAGGGUUGCGGGUCGAAAGGGUGCACAGGAAUGACGCCAGAAGAUUUAGGUAUAAAAGAAGAAGAAUGCACAUUUCAAGAUGCACAAUUAGCAUACUGGCUUCAUAUAUUCAGUUUUCGCGAGUUGCUAGAAGAAACUAAUUCGAAUUUACCCCAAGAAAUAGCAUCAAUAACGCCAUCAAACAAGAAAGUCCCGGAAUGCCGCAUAUACUCUGACACACCCGACUUCUUCCUGGAGAAAAUGUCCCGCGUGGACACUGAGGGCUGGGACCCGAUGUUGUCGCUGAUGCACCAGUUCGCUGAGGUCUUCAACUUGUAUGACUAUAUCGCUCUGGGGGCAAAAAUUGCGAAGUAUAUGGAAUCGAAGCCGCGGUCGUGGACGGGCGCGGUGGCGGCGGCGUGGUGGUGCGGCGCGGGCGGCCGCGGCGCGUGCGCAGCGCGGUGCUCGGCCGCGGCGCUGUCGCUGGCGCCGCGCGCGCUCCGCACGCACGCGCUGCGUCCGCUCGCCGCUAUGCUGCACUUGCAUUCGAAGCUAAAAGACGGGAAAGAGAUGGCGUACCUCUCUUUUUAUCUACAACCAAAGCAUAAAGUUGAAACAUUCCUAUUGGCUGUGUCACAUUCAUAUUUGAAAGAGUACGAGGAAGCGGUGUGGCUGUACCGCUACACGCUGACGCUGGACCCCAAGUUUGCGCCGGCCAAGGCGUGUCUGCACGCCACCAUGUGCGUGUUACUGUACGGCAACUCCAGCAAUGACUGAAUAUAACACUUUGCUUCAGUUAGAUUCGCUUUUGUGCCAGUUCGUACACCGUGUUUCGGGAUUUGAGUUAAGGCGCUUGAUCUAUCAAUUAUGUAAAGUAACGAGUUUAUCUAUAUUGUGUAACACAAUAUAAUAUACUUCAAGCAUUUCUAUUGGCUGUGGUGUGGUGUUUCUAUAUCAAUAUUUCAAAUAGCACAAAAAUCUAACAUGAGUUUAAGUGUACGAUAAGGUUAUGUUGAAUUAUAUUGUGUGACUAUCUAGUGGUAGCCUAUGUUGGACUUUGAGUAUAACUAUAUAUAUACUUAUCCAUUCCUAAUUUUGUCAAAGGCGACCCAGCGUGAAGAGCGUGACAGACAGACAGACUUUUACGUUUAUAAUAUUAGUGUGGAAGUAUGGAUCUGGAUAUGAACGUACAAAAAGGUUAUAUGGCUCGGUGAAAGAGUCGCUACUGGUGUGUGUAUAAUGUAAAAAAGUUGAUAUUUAUUUAAUGAUAGGGAAAAAUUAGUGCGUUUUUAUAUAGAGUGCUGUAUUUUAGCUUCCGCGCUAAAACUAUAUAGUUUCUUACUAUAUAAUAGCUCUAAAGCGCCUUUUUAUAGAAAAAUAGAUAAUUUAUCGUUUUUUGCCCGUAACCAAAUUUGUUGACGUGGUAAAACUGGUAAUUAGAUUUUCACUAAUAAAAGGCACGGUGAAGAUGUUUGUUGAAAUUUGAUCUUUCAACGCCAUAAAGCGCAAAUUAGCGUAGGUACUUCGACGAAUCUUCAUAACAUUCACUUUUAUUCAGUAUUAUGACGAUGUACGAACUUGUACAAAAACACAUACUUACAUUUGGAUGUAUGAAAUGCAUGGAAGGUGAAAAUUCCCUAUAAAAAUCAAAACACAAACGUAUUAUUCGACAUAUGAUAUUGACAGAUACGUAAAUUACAACAAUGUUGUUUCAAAUUCCAUGUUAUUUCGUCCUACUAAAUUCAUGAUUACAUAAUAAAUAAACACAUAAUAUAUACGCAAUUUCAUAAAUACAGUAAUUUGAAAAUCUAAAUGUUAAUGUCUAAGCUUCAUAUCUUGAAUACACAGUUAAUUGGUGUCCAAUUCAGUAUAAUAAUCUUACAUAAUU